CGCGAACACACUGAAAUAAAAAUGGAGGACAAAGCACUGAAUUUGGAUACUCCACGAUUUUCAUCGGAGUUGAGAUCCUUACGAUGUGAACAGAGCCUCUUAAACAAAACAGAUGGAUCAGCAAGCUUUUUUCAAGGGAAUACCCACAUGAUCGCGGCAGCUUAUGGUCCGGCAGAAGUCAGAUCAAAUAAAGAACUCAUUGAUAAGGCUACCCUAGAAGUUGUUUUCAGACCCAAAGUUGGCUCACCAGGCUGUGCAGAAAAACUUUUGGAGAGAGUUAUCCGUAACAGCUGUGAACCAGUUGUGCUUACCUCCAGACAUCCCAGAUCAUCCUUAACAAUUGUGGUUCAGCUUGUUCAGGAUAGUGGAUCAUUACUGUCAUGUGCAAUCAAUGCUGCGUGCAUGGCUAUGAUUGAUGCUGGUUUUCCAAUGAAGUGUUUAGUUUGUGCUGUGUCAUGCGCGCUAAGUGAGUCUGGUGACAUUCAGCUGGAUCCUUCCCUGGAACAAGAAAAGGAGGCCUGUGCAGUAAUGACAUUUGCAUUUGACAGUGCCAACAAAAAUGUGAUGACCUCAUCAACCACUGGAAGUUUUACAAUACAGGAGUAUGACAGGUGCUUGGAAGCAUGUCGUUCCGCUGCUACUAAGCUAAUUGACUUCUUCAGACGGUCUGUGGAGAGGAAGCUUUCCAAGGAUGCCAAGUUCAUGGACAUAAACAUUGCAUAGUUGAUAUCUCUGGUAUUUAGCUCAGGCGGUCCAUGGUGGAAAACUGCACAGGAAUGUGAUUCUGUGCUUAACUGAGUCACAUGUGAAGAAUGAUCCAGGUUGACUGUUUCUGAAUCAACAAUGGUCUUGGGUUGAAGGAACAAAUAAGGAAGCAAGCUUAUGACCAUUUUGGUGGGUCAAAUGGACUCCACAGUUGACUUGUUGGAUCUCUUAGUUGGUUUAUGAAGUACCACAGGGUAUUGCUGACAUGAGGGUACUUUGUUAUCUGAUCCAUUUUAAAAAAUAGAUUUGAUGGGUCUCUGCAUCUGUUCAGUAUUAUCACAGAUAAUCACGGAUGAUAUCAAAAUAUGGUAAAAACAAAAAGUGGCUUACGAGGCGCAACAUUUUGAAGUUGCCUGUGAUCUAUGUGUGAACAGACCCAUGGCAACAUGGAAUUUAGUUGUUUUAUAUAAUAAGAGAAAAAUAAAGUUUUUGAUGGUGA